CAGGAAUCUAAGCACCCAGACAAGACAAAGCGUGAAGAAAGAGAUGGUCCUGUUUAUAACCGACAUGGUGAUUUAGGUUGAAAAAUGGAGGUAAUCGCAAGCCGGAACAGCAAGGAAGGCCGAUGGACACCCAAAUAAGAAACAUGGGAAACACUUGGCCAAGAUGGGAUGGCUGCCAGAGAAAGAGUAACCCAGAAGUAGCGAAUGGUGAACAGAAACCCACGUUAAAACAAAGGACUAGGUCAAACAGUUGUUCAAACCAAGAAGUUCCACAGGAGAGCAAUCUACAAUCAUGCAAAGGGGAAGCAAACAGAGAUUUAAUCCAGGAAAAGCAAGAUGAUAACAUUUCUGAAGACUCUGACAAAUUAAGCCAGGGUAUGUUUCAGCGAAAGACAAGCAAGUCCACUGGCCCUUCGGCUAGUGCAGAAGAAACACAGAAGAAAGAUACUGCAAUGAUACAUUUGACUAGACAUGAAAAGGAAAAAUAUAUUCCCAGUGAUGAACCUUCUUCAGCAAGUGCAGCUGGUGACCAGAAAGAGAAACCUGCGUUAGAAACCAAAAAAGAACAUGCUCAUUCAGGACAUGGAAAAGCUGCUCAGGCACAUGACCUGAAGGCAUCCCUGACGAGCCACGAUUCCCAUAAAAACUGUGAAGUAAAGCUGUCCGUGUCAAGUAGCUCUUCAACAAAGGAGUUGUCUGUAGACAAUGAGGAGGACAUGUACCGUGAUGCAGAAGAAAUAGAGAGAGAAAAAGUAUUGCCUGUUUGUGAGACAGGCUCCUCAGAAAAUAAACUCAGCGUUGCACCUGAAAUGGACAUCAUAGAGUACUGCCAAAAAGAAUGGAGAGGCAAUACAGCAGUGGCAAAACUUAUGAAAAAGGGAUAUGAAGCAGUUUCUCAGAAGUUUACCUCUAUAAGGAGAGUGCGAGGUGAUAACUAUUGUGCUCUCAGAGCAACGUUGUUCCAGGCACUGAGCCAAACUUCUGAACUUCCUGACUGGCUUCAGAGUGAGGACUUAACGUUGCUUCCAGAAAAGCUGCUGAGCAGAUACGAUUGGAUCAAACAGUGGCAGCUAAGACAGAAACUGGGCAGGAAGAUGGGAGAACUAAGUGACGAAAUUAAAGACUACUUAAUACUUCUAAGGAAGAAGUGGGAGAGUAUGAGUGAAAUGAAAAGUCCUGUAGAGAGACAAACAGCUUGUGAUGAAUUGUUUACAAAUGAAGAGGAGGAGUACAGUCUAUAUGAAGCUGUGAAAUUUUUGAUGCUGAACACAGCUAUUGAAUUAUAUGACGAUGAUAAAAAAGGAAGGAAUGUCCCCGUGUUCUCAUGGCUACUGUUUGCUCGGGAUACAUCCAGCAACCCUAGUCAGCUAAUGAAUAAUCACUUGAAUCAAAUAGGUCACACUGGAGGCCUUGAGCAAGUGGAAAUGUUUCUUCUUGCAUAUGCUCUGCAGUAUACCAUCAGAGUUUAUCGAUUGUAUAAAUACAGCACUGAUGAAUUCAUCACACUUUAUCCCAAUGACCCAGAGGAGGACUGGCCUGUGGUGACUCUUAUCACUGAAGACGACAGACAUUAUAAUAUUCCAGUCAGAAUGUGUGAAGAGACUAGUUUGUAAACAAGAGAUUUUGGCAGAUUUAUAAAUUUGAUAUCCAAGUCUCACUUGGAUGUUAAAUUCCCAACACUAUUUUGAAAUAAAGUCAUGAUGAGAUUUACACGAUGAAACCUACAGUAUUUUGGAUCUCGAGUUACAAAGGAUUGAACUGAAAUUCCAAAUAGGACCUUUGUAGUGGGCUGACUUGGAGGUAGCAGGCCUAGUGGGUAUUCCACGACUCAGCAGUCCCCAAAGACCUGAGAUGGCCUUGCUUGGAUGGUCCAUGGGCAUGGUGGCUGAGUUAGGGUCUGUCGUUCCCUGGUGGGGAGAAGGUAGAGAGACCUGGGUCCUCCCUCUCCACCAGAUCCCAACCCAAGGGAAAGGGGAGAAGAGCGUCUCUUGCUGAUAAACCCAGACCAGCUUCCUCUGAGCCACUUCCUACGUCCCCGUUCUCUCUCUUCAUUUUGGAGGAUGAUUGCAGCACUCUGCCCCCUCCCAGCAGAGAGUUUCCCCAUAAGUUUCAGCAGUUCAGAUAGCAAACGGGUAGCUUGCUUCUCAAUGCCCAGAUAUUCUCCCUUGUCAGGGAGCAGGGGAGGGAAAAGGGUCAAGCCCCCUGCCUCCCAGUUAGGUCUUACCCACAGUCGAGACCCUUCUCCUGUGGUUUGCUCUGUCCCAGAAGCUGCAAACUGGCUCCCUCCAUGCAGACCGCCUCUCCUUCACUUUUCUCCUGCUUGACUGUCAGAGUCCCCUUUUAAGCAGGCCCUCCUUUGGAGCAUGUUCUGAAGCUGCUGAGAGGCGGGGCCCAAUGGGCCCUGUACUGCUCCUUCACUCCCUUAGCCUUUGUGUGGGGUCUGUAAACCCCCCACACAACCUCCCUUUAAAGAAUACCUGAUUAGGAAAUAAAGUUGGUCUCUGUUGCUUGGUGUAAAUGAAUUUUCAUGGCACUCUCUGGAACAAAUCUCUUAAAUGGAUUAUGUAUAAUAGAAUAUAAAAUGUGGAAACCAGGGAGCAGGUAUGAUGGAAAUUAUUAUUAUUUUUUCCCCCUGAAAGGGCAGGGCAAAAAGACUUGAUUGGGGUUAUAGAGUAGUUUGCCUGGAGGUCAGCAGUUUGGAUCCUACUCAGUUCUGUAUUGUCCAAAAGCCAUUAACGUGGCAUUUUGGGAGAGUAUGUGAAAUGAACUAGUGUCAAUCCAGUUUCUAGUGAACACAUGCCCAUAUCACAAAAGCUGUUAUCAUAAUUGGCAUAUUUAUGAGAAGUCUCAGUGGAGAGGCUAAGGAUUUGAAUGGAUCUGGAGAUUGCACUAGUAACCUGGCUGGGGUUGAGCCAAAUGAGCAUGCAAUGUGAAUCUAGCCCUACUGCUGCCUCUGUUUUUCCUGUGGGCCAGCCAUUCUUCAGGGCUUUCAAUCUGGCACCUUAUACAAGUGAUUUAAAAAAAUAAAUUGGAAUAGUAAUGCUGCAGUGCCCUGCAAUGUGGUCAUAGUUUCAGGAUUUUCUAUCAUAGCUAUAUGAAUUGGUUUAAAUCUGAAAUGUGGCAUGCAAAUGAUCAGAAUAGGAGUAAAAAUGACUUUAAAUGGAAUGCAAUCCAGACAGUAGUAGCUGAGUGUCUGUCCUCUUCUAUACCACACUUUUUGUCCAAUAGAAUUGGACCUAUUAGGGUGAUUUUAUUUAAAGGUAUACUAAAAAACACAGCAAUAUAGAAAAUUGGGUUGUGCUGUUCUGUUUGAAUUAUCUUCUAAACUACUCUUGCAUUUUUAGUCCAUAACAACUGCUUUUUGAAAACAGCCUGAUAAUAAGUCCUCCAUUGACGUGGGAUUUGUUUUUUUUUUUUUUUUUCAUUUUAAAUGGUGAGGGCCAUCUUCUGCUGUCAGUUAUUCCUGAUUUUUCACCUGCAUAAAGGGAGGCAGAAUUUGCCCCCCAGAUCUUAACUAGUGUCUGAAGUAGUUACUGUGUUUUUUCCAUGUAGUAUUUAGAGGCUUCUGGAUAUUCUGAGUGUAGUGUGCUUACUAGAGUAUACAGUAUGUAUUGACCACACUUAAAUCUCACACGCUAGCAAUAAGUAAUGGCUCUAUCUUUUUGUUAUAUCUACCCUAUUGAAAAUUAUUAGCAUGUUUUGUGUUAAAGGUUCCUGGAAGCUGCAAGGGCAGAGCAUAACAAACGUGAUAAAGAAUAUGUUGAGAUCAAACGCGGGGUUUAAGGCUUGUUGCAGUUUCUAUCAACUUACUAGUGGUAUGUGAAUAACCAAGAAAUUGCCAGAGAAGUUAGCAAUAGCAAAGGAAAGGGAGAAGAUACUUACCAAUUAAAAGUUUACAUUAGUUGUUACACUUCACCUGGACUUUAAUGGAAAAAUAAUGUAUAUAAACAGUUUUUUCUGAGUAAUUUUCUAUCUUGAACAUUGCUGUCUUUUUUUGUUUUUAAGAAGGGUUAUUGUACUUGACUAAAAUGUAUGAGCCUAAACAAAACACUUUAAAAAACCCAUGUUUUUUUUUGAGUUGUGCAAUGUGCAGGCAUAUUUAGGGUGCAGACUUGCAGUCCUUACUUAUGUGAGCAGUCCUGGUGCCUAUUGGGCAACAUGUGAAAGUGAGGGUUGUGGCAUCAAGCCCAAAAGACUUGGAUAAUUGUUAUCCGUAGAAUAUGGUGGAAGCCUGAAUACUGCUAAACUUGGAAUUUGCUUCUGUAGAGGUCAGUGGCAAAACUACCACUGACAUCAGUGGGAACAGGACACUUCAGGAUAUUCAGAGAAUAGCAACGGCCUUGCAAGUUACUCAUGAAAAUAUUUUAAUGCAAAAAACUCAGUUUUCAGCUACGUUGUAUACAUAUGUUCAACUAAACAUCUAUUUCAAAUAUAUUAAAUUUAAUAUUGA